AUGGCACAAGCAGUGGCUGAUCUCGCUGAGGGCGCAGUUCAAGCCGGUAUAGCAAUUUUUGGCGCUAUCUUCAACUCGGGUGCGGAUAAGGACUUUCGAAGUUCGUGGACACAAGUCCAAGUGGGAGACAUUACCUCGAAGAACCCGGGGAAGAAUGUCAUGGUUGUCUUCACCAAACACGACGCAUCCGGCCUCGUUAACAGCACAAUGACCAUUCGGGAGUGUACGUGUCCUAACAGCGGAUCGGUGUUGACAUAUAGUUGUUAUGUCUUCGAUUCGGGCCCAUUUGUAUUGCAAGGAGAUGGAGGAUACUUGAACUGGUGUUUUGCUGGCAGUUUUAGCAGAAACGGCAGCAAUGUAACGUUCAACAAGCUGUCCUAA